ACAAGUGCUCAACUGAACGCAAACUUCGCGCGAACAGCAUUUACGAACUCGUUCAGGCGAACACUAACACCUUGAUGUGACAGCAAUUGGCUCGUAUAGGGCGCUUACAAGGCACAAACUUCGCGCGGACAGCAUUUGCGAACUUGUUCAGGCGAACACUAACGCCUUGUGACAGCAAGCGUUGCACGGCAUCAGAGCACUUGCGUGAACUUACGGCGGACCAUCUCGACCAGUACGAGCGACAAAGACGUAAACCUCUAAUAUAUAGUGUCCUACAUACCCACAUAUCUUUAGCAACACUGCGAGUUAGAAUCAUUGAGUGCUUGAGGAGGAUAUAUAGACGAAGGAUAAAUAGUGACGAAAACAUCCAAAUCACUCAACAUGCCGACCAAUCUUGCAGCUGAUAUCGACUAUGGAGAUGGUUUCCAGCCGUCUGACGCAGGUCAGAAUGAAAGAGUUAUACAGAAGAAACAGGAUGACGACGAUGAGGAAGAUACGGGAACGUAUGUACAUCUGAAGAAACAGCUCGGUCUCAUCAGCGGUGUAGGACUCAUCGUUGGCACUAUGAUCGGUUCUGGCAUUUUUAUAUCACCGAUAUCAGUGUUAAAGCGAACUGGCUCUGUAGGAUUGAGCUUGGUUGUAUGGACUGGCUGUGGAGUUUUAGCUAUGCUUGGUUCGCUGUGCUACUGCGAGCUGGGAACUAUGAUCCCACUAUCGGGCUGUGAGUACGCCUACCUGAUGGAAGCGUUCGGGCGGUCGAAGCGACACACCUUUCUAAGUCCGAUUCCGGCAUACCUGUACUCAUGGACGGCCGUGUUCAUCAUGAAGCCGUCCUCUCUCGCUAUCAUCUGCCUGGCCUUUGGCGAGUACGCGAUGAGUCCGCUGUUCGGAGACUGUGGAGCUCCCAAGAUCCUAGUGAAGCUCACGACGGUUGGCGCUGUUCUGCUUCUGACAGCAAUUAAUUGCAUGAGUGUGAAAUCCGCAACGAGACUACAAAAUGUCUUCAUGUUUGCCAAGUUAUUGGCGCUGGCCAUUAUCAUCGUGGGAGGCAUCGUGAAUCUUUGUCGAGGUAUGACGGAAAGUCUUACGGAUGCAUUCGCAGGUACGGCCACUUCUCCCUCAAGUGUUGCCCUGGCUUUCUAUAGCGGUUUAUGGGCUUAUGACGGAUGGAACAACCUCAACUUUGUAACCGAAGAACUUAGGAGUCCUAGCAAAAAUCUUCCUAGAUCUAUCAUGAUUGGCAUUCCACUGGUGACCAUUGUCUAUGUGCUCACCAACAUAUCAUAUUUCACUGUGAUGUCGAAAUCAGCAAUGCUUGCGUCGGACGCCGUGGCCGUGUCGUGGAGUAAUUCAAUGCUAGGUGUGAUGGCGUGGAUCAUACCACUAUCUGUUGCUUGCUCAACGUUUGGGGCUGCCAACGGAAGUAUGUUUGGCGCUGGAAGGCUGUGUUUGGUAUCUGCCAGAGAAGGUCACCUACCAUCCAUUAUCUCCUACAUCUCCAUCAAAUAUUUCACACCUGCGCCUGCUCUUAUAUUCCAAACUAUCGUUGCCAUCAUCAUGGUCACGAUUAGUGACAUAGAGGCUUUGAUAGACUUCUUUAGUUUUACUGCUUGGGUUUUCUACGGUGCAACAUUCACUGCACUCAUUGUGAUGCGCUGGACAAGGCCAGAUAUGGAACGCCCCAUUAAGAUACCGCUCGUCAUUGCCGUGGUGGUGACGCUGAUCAGUAUCUACCUCGUCAUUGCUCCUAUAGUUGAUGAUCCUCAGCUGGGUUACUUGUAUGCAGCCCUUAUUGUAUUCGCUGGAAUCCUCUUCUAUGUGCCUUUUGUUUACUUCAAGAUACACCUGCAUAUCUUUGACAAGAUUACAGUUUUUAUGCAAGUUUACUUGGAAGUUGCUCCAGGUGAACAUACGGACUAGAGCCAGAAUUCUACAACUCAGACCACAUACUGCUCUGGGUAGCAGCGUAAUAAGGAUACAUAUUUAGAAUACAUAUAAAAAAACACUAAACACUAUUAUUAUAUAUAUAUAUAUGAAGACAGUUGUGUUUAUGAAGACAGUAUUGUGUGCGUUCGGGCGGGCAGGCGGGCGUGCGUCCGUAUGUACGUACGUAUAUAUGUAUGUGUGUGUGUAUGUAUGAAUGUAUAUA